AUGAAGAAUUCAAUUCCAUCGGAUGUGUGGGAGAGGAAGAAGGCCUUGAUUGCGAAGCUAUACAAAGACGAGGAAUGGCCUCUCAAGCAAGUUAUUAAGAAGAUCCGCUCAGAUGAUUUCAACCCCAGCGAAACGCAGCUGCGGAGUAGACUAAAGAAGUGGCGCGUCACUAAACCAUCCCGCCAAACGCGCAAGAAGUCCCAUGAUGAUCAACAAUACACCUCGGGAGACGACGGCAGCUCAUCAUCAAAGGGUAAAUCCUCUGUAUCGCCCAGGACAAAACUGCGUCCUGUGCAGCAGUCAAAUGCGACAGACUUGCCCCAGUCUGAGUGGUACCUUCACAACGGGCCCUAUGCACGCCACGACGUGCCCCCUCCAAUGUCCUUCGACGGUCGAUCUUCUACAGCCUCUCCAGCAGUAGGUGUUAUUCCCGGAUCAAAUGCCUAUGAACCUCUGGUAGAUGGCGUGUUGCUCGAUUCGACCACGAUAGCAUCUCCUUUUUCCGAACCAUCAUAUAAUGUCACCACUGACCCAUGCCUGCAAACCCCUGUUUCGACAUCGUCGCCUAUUCAGUGGUCCAACUCUCAGUGGUACUCUAUGGGUUUAGAAAAUGGGACUCAACAUGCGCCCAUGCCCUUCUUUACCACCGCACCUCUAAGUCCCCCCAUCGACCACGCAUUACAAAUGAUGCCACAUCAUUCACAUGGGGGUUACCCACCUCAGUCACCGCGGUCCGCCAGUUACCCUCACCAGCGGAUGCCUCACUACCCUGAGGAUAUGAAAUCGUGGCAACGGGCUGCUUCUGCCUCAUAUAUUCUCGAUGCCGCUGGCGGUCAUCCGAAAGGACCUUUGGAUCUCCAAGUCAGCAGUCUUCCCGCCCUCACCCCUUCUUCCAACGAAUACUUAAUCGAAAUCCACUCCGCGGGAACCAACUUCUUCGACCUCCUUCAAAUCCAAGGCAAAUACCAACAUCAGCCACCUCUGCCGUGGAUUGGGGGAGCUGAAUUCGCAGGAAAAGUGCUGGCCGUUCCAACAUCCAAGACACCCCCACGUUUCAAACGCGGCGACCGCGUCUUCGGAGCCACUCAAGGCGCAUAUGCCACCCACGUCCUAGCCGCGGAGCACACCCUGCUCCCGGUACCAAACGGAUGGAGCUUUGAAGACGCGGCCGGUCUCUUCGUCACGGCGCCUACCUCCUACGGUGGCCUGGUGCAUCGCGCAAAUGUUCAACCUGGCGAUUGGGUUCUGGUCCACGCCGCUGCUGGCGGUGUCGGGUUGGCCGCGGUGCAGAUUGCCAAGGCCAAGGGUGCGAUGGUGGUUGCGACCGCCAGUACGGAGCGCAAAAGACAUAUUGCGCGCGAGUUUGGAGCAGACUAUAUCAUUGACUACCGGAACAAGGGCUGGCCAGAGGAAGUGAAAAAGCUAUGUGCCCAGCAUCGGACAGGGAAUGGGAAAGUCGGCGUCGACAUUGUGUACGACCCCGUGGGAUUGAUCGAUGCCAGUCUAAAAUGCGUGGCGUGGAAUGCGCGGCUCCUAGUUAUCGGUUUUGCGGCGGGUAAGAUCGAGAAGGUGGCGCUGAAUCGCGUGCUAUUGAAGAACGUAAGUAUUGUUGGGCUGCAUUGGGGUCAGUAUGCCAAGUUCGAGAAGGAAACGGUGGGCCCAGUGUGGAAGGGGAUCUUCGAUCUAGUUGCCCAGGGGAAAUUUAGAGGCACCGCAUUCAAGGAUGAGAGCUUCGUUGGGUUAGAAAGUGUGCCUAGAGCAUUGCAGGCCCUUGGAGGCCGGGAGACAUGGGGUAAGGUGGUCGUGAAGGUCGUUGACGAUGAAGCUGGAAAGAGCAAGCUGUAG